AAAAAUCCGCGAGAAGGUGGUGGAAGAAGAUGGCGGUGCUGGGGCAGAGUUUGCAAUCUUUUUAAAUAGGCUAGUCGAGUGACUAUUCGGGUCAUGGCGUCAAACUCAACUAAGUCUUUCCUGGCAGAUGCCGGCUAUGGCGAACAGGAGCUGGAUGCUAACUCUGCCCUUAUGGAAUUAGACAAAGGUCUGAGAUCUGGCAAACUUGGUGAACAGUGUGAAGCAGUUGUUCGCUUUCCCAGACUCUUUCAGAAGUAUCCAUUUCCUAUUCUCAUCAAUUCUGCGUUCCUAAAGUUAGCAGAUGUUUUCAGAGUUGGAAACAAUUUCCUGAGGCUGUGUGUUCUUAAAGUUACUCAACAAAGUGAGAAGCAUUUGGAGAAGAUUCUGAAUGUGGAUGAAUUUGUGAAGAGAAUUUUCUCUGUGAUUCACAGUAAUGAUCCUGUAGCAAGAGCCAUCACACUCCGGCAUCUGACUUCGGCUCGGGUCAUCCCGGAGAGGAAGAAUGCUCAUCAUAGUAUUCGUCAGAGUCUGGACUCACAUGAUAACGUAGAAGUCGAAGCUGCUGUUUUUGCUGCUGCAAACUUCUCUGCACAGUCAAAGGAUUUUGCUGUAGGAAUCUGUAACAAAAUCAGUGAAAUGAUUCAAGGUUUAGCCACACCAGUGGACUUGAAACUGAAGUUAAUCCCCAUCCUCCAGCACAUGCACCAUGAUGCAAUCCUGGCAUCCAGCGCACGGCAGCUUUUACAGCAGCUGGUCACAUCCUACCCCUCCACCAAAAUGGUGAUUGUUUCUUUGCACACCUUUACUCUGCUUGCAGCUUCAUCUUUGGUUGAUACGCCUAAGCAGAUUCAGCUUCUAUUGCAGUAUUUGAAGAAUGACCCUAGGAAAGCAGUAAAGAGACUUGCUAUUCAAGAUCUGAAAUUACUUGCCAAUAAAACACCACACACUUGGAGUAGGGAAAACAUUCAGGCACUCUGUGAAUGUGCCCUCCAGACUCCUUAUGACAGCCUGAAACUCGGGAUGCUGUCUGUCCUUUCCACACUGUCAGGGACCAUUGCCAUCAAACAUUACUUCAGCAUAGCUUCAGGAAAUGUGGGUUCUUCCCCUAGAUCCUCUGACUUGGUCAGAUUAGCCCAAGAGUGCUGUUACCAUAACAACAGGGGCAUUGCAGCUCAUGGAGUACGAGUCCUAACUAAUAUAACAGUCUCUUGUCAAGAAAAAGACCUUUCAGCACUGGAACAGGAUGCUGUCUUUGGCCUGGAAUCCCUUCUGGUACUUUGUAGUCAAGAUGAUAGUCCAGGUGCUCAAGCCACUUUAAAGAUUGCUCUAAAUUGUAUGGUGAAGUUGGCCAAGGGCAGGCCUCACCUUAGCCAGUCAGUGGUUGAGACCUUGUUGACCCAGCUGCACAGUGCUCAGGAUGCUGCGCGGAUCCUGAUGUGCCAUUGCCUGGCGGCCAUUGCCAUGCAGCUGCCAGUGCUGGGCGAUGGCAUGCUUGGGGACCUCAUGGAGCUCUACAAGGUGAUCGGACGAUCAGCCACAGACAAACAACAAGAACUUCUGGUGAGUUUGGCCACUGUGAUUUUUGUGGCCAGUCAGAAAGCACUAUCUGCUGAAGUAAAGGCAGUAAUUAAACAGCAGCUUGAAAGUGUCUCCAAUGGAUGGACUGUGUACCGAAUUGCCAGACAGGCAUCCAGAAUGGGUAACCAUGACAUGGCCAGAGAGCUUUAUCAGAGUUUGCUGACUCAGGUUGCUUCAGAACAUUUCUACUUCUGGCUAAAUAGUCUGAAGGAGUUCUCACAUGCAGAACAGUGCCUCACCGGGUUGCAGGAGGAGAACUAUAGUUCAGCACUUUCUUGCAUUGCUGAGUCUUUAAAAUUCUACCACAAAGGGAUUGCUUCCUUAACAGCUGCCAGUACACCACUGAAUCCUUUAAGUUUUCAGUGUGAAUUUGUAAAACUCAGGAUUGACCUUCUACAAGCCUUCUCUCAACUUAUCUGUACUUGUAAUAGCCUCAAGACAAGCCCCCCACCUGCAAUUGCCACAACAAUUGCCAUGACCUUAGGGAAUGACCUUCAGAGGUGUGGUCGCAUCUCCAAUCAGAUGAAACAGUCCAUGGAAGAAUUCCGAAGCCUUGCUUCCCGAUAUGGGGAUCUUUAUCAGGCAUCUUUUGAUGCUGAUUCCGCAACAUUGAGGAAUGUGGAACUACAGCAGCAGAGCUGUUUACUGAUAUCUCAUGCAAUAGAAGCCCUGAUUUUGGAUCCAGAAUCAGCAAGUUUCCAGGAAUCUGGAUCUACUGGAGCUGCCCACGCUGACAGUGAAUAUGAGCGGAGAAUGAUGUCUGUAUACAAUCGCGUCUUGGAGGAAGUGGACUCACUCAAUCGGAAAUAUACCCCUGUUUCUUACAUGCAUACAGCAUGCCUCUGCAAUGCCAUCAUUUCCUUGCUGAAAGUUCCUCUUUCGUUUCAGAGAUAUUUUUUCCAGAAACUGCAAUCUACCAGCAUCAAGCUUGCUCUGUCGCCAUCGCCCCGGAACCCUGCCGAGCCCAUCGCUGUCCAGAAUAACCAGCAGCUGGCACUAAAGGUAGAGGGAGUGGUUCAACACGGAUCUAAGCCAGGACUCUUUCGCAAAAUUCAGUCCGUCUGUCUGAAUGUUUCUUCCACGCUACAGAGUAAAUCCGGACAAGACUACAAGAUACCCAUUGACAAUAUGACCAAUGAGAUGGAGCAGAGGGUUGAACCUCAUAAUGAUUACUUCAGUACUCAAUUUCUGUUGAACUUUGCUAUCCUUGGAACACACAACAUUACAGUAGAAUCUUCAGUGAAAGACGCCAAUGGUAUUGUAUGGAAGACAGGUCCCAGAACUACCAUAUUUGUAAAAUCCCUGGAAGACCCUUACUCCCAGCAAAUUCGCCUACAACAACAGCAAGCCCAGCAACCAUUACAACAGCAGCAGCAACGAAAUGCCUACUCACGGUUUUAGCCACAUGAGGAAUGCACUCCUGGCUUUAUAGGAAUUGAUCAAAUGGGCAAAAAUAAUUUGAUUUUUCAUAUGGAUUCAGAUAUGGAAGUUAGAAUGUGGAGUCCAUUUUUCAUUGGUUUCUAUAAUGUAAUACUCUGGGGAAAAAAAGGUUUGUUUUUCUUUAGAAAUUUAAUUUGAGAAAUAACUGCGUUCCUAGCC